CAUCAUGGAUUCAUGAUAUUAAUAAUGGACCUCGGAUCAGCUGCAUUCAAAGACGAAUACUAUAGUUUCAUUUUCAAUCUGGCCCACACCUACCGUAUCUAAAUCAAUCUGAAACUCAUCAUCCAGAGAUUUAAAUAAAUAACCGUCGAUAGAGAUUAUGGAGUAGAUUUAGAAACAGAGGAGAGGAAAGCAGAGUGAGUGAGAGACUGAGAGAAUGGAAAACAGAGGAGAGAAAAACUCUGUUUAUCCUCUAAAUAGUUAUGAAGUUCAUCCAAGAACUAAACCAACUCGUGUUUUCAUGUUCAUUUAUCUAUGUGGAAUCAUAGCUCUAUUCUAUCAUCACUUAACUACUCUCAUAUUCCAUUCAAAUAAUUUACUGCCGUCAAUCUUACUCUUGAUUUCUGAUUUAGUUCUGUCUUUCAUGUGGAUUACAUCUCAAGCUUUUCGAUGGCGUCCGAUUCGUAGAAAAGUAUACCCGGAGAAUCUGUCAAAACUUGUAAAAGAAGAGGAUCUUCCCGCUUUGGAUGUAUUCAUCUGUACAGCCGAUCCAUACAAAGAACCUCCAAUGGAAGUUGUGAAUACGGCUUUAUCUGUAUUAUCAUUUGAUUAUCCUCCAAACAAGAUUUCCGUUUAUGUUUCUGAUGAUGGGGGAUCUCAAAUGACUCUUUUUGCGUUGAUGCAAGGAGCUAAGUUCGCCAAACACUGGUUGCCGUUUUGCAGGAAGCAUAAUCUCAGUAAGAGAUGCCCUAAAGUGGUUCUCAAACAGCAUGAUUCUGCUCAUCUUCAGCUUGAUUCUCAAGAGGAUUUCCAAAAAAUGAAGAGGUUAUACGAGGAAAUGAGAAGGAAGGUAGAUCAAGUUAUGGAGCAAGGAUACGUAGAUGAUGAUAUCGUUAAUGAGGAAGAGAGACAAGUUUUCCAUAAAUGGAGAGUAAAUGAAUUUACUCGCCAACAUCAUCCUACAGUCAUUCAGGUGCUCAUGGAAAGCUCUAAGGAUGUUGAUAUCUCCGGGAUAUCUCUACCCAAUUUAAUCUACCUCUCUCGGGAGAAAAGUAAACAUAUUCACCACAAUUUCAAGGCGGGUGCUCUGAAUGCAUUGAUACGUGUAUCAGCGGUUAUGAGUAGCGCACCAGUUGUUCUGAGCCUUGACUGUGACAUGUACUGUAAUAAUCAUCAAGCUCCGCGGUUGGCACUAUGCCAUCUGCUAGACCCUAAUGAAGGCUCAAAAACUGCUUUUGUUCAGUUUCCACAACGAUACAGAGGGAUUAAUCCAACUGAUAUCUAUAACAAUGAGGUUACGAGGCCGUUCAUAAUAAAUCCUGAAGGGUUAGAUGGGAUUGGUACUACGAAUUAUGUUGGCACCGGUCCUUUCAUCAAUCGAAAAGCAUUUUAUGGUGGCCCAACUCAACCAAAAGUAAACAUAUUCCCUGGAUUUAACAAGGACGAAAGUGGUUUGGAGAGAAAAACAAUAAGUUCAAAACUAAUUUUGGAAGCAGCUAAUAAAGUUGCAGAUUGCAACUAUGAACAAGGAACAAACUGGGGAAGAACUUUGGGUUUCAGAUACGGAUCCCUGGUUGAAGACUUUUUUACGGGUUAUCGCAUGCAAUGUGAAGGAUGGCGAUCAAUAUUUUGCAACCCGAAGACUCCAGCAUUUCUGGGAGAUUUCCCAAUCAGCUUAAAUGAUUCAUUAAUUCAAGUAAAACGAUGGUCAGUUGGAUUGAUUGAGGUUGGGUUCUCAAAGUAUUGCCCAUUCACAUUUGGUACAAGAAAUCGAUCCCUACUUAUGGGUAUGGCGUAUGGUUUUUAUGCAUUUUGGCCUAUAUGGGCUAUCCCUAUUUUCAUAUAUGGUCUUCUUCCGCAGCUUUGCCUUAUACACGACAUAUAUUUGUUUCCCAAGGUCUCUGAUCAAUGGUUUUAUCCAUAUGCAUACCUCUUUUCAGCAACAUACAUUCAAGAUUUUAUUGAGAGCUAUUACGUAUAUGGAAUAACUUUCAAAAAAUGGUGGAACGAACAAAGAAUGUGGUUGAUUCGGGGAGUGACGUGUUACAGUUUUUCAUUUAUAGAAUUCAUACUUAGCCGGAUUGGUAUCUCAACUCCAAACUUCAAUAUUACAAGCAAAGUAAUAGAUAAUGAACAACAAAAAAGAUAUGACCAAGAGAUAUUCGACUUUGGAGUAGAAUCGCCAUUUUUCGUGGCUUUAUCAACAUUUGCAUUGGUCAAUUUAGUCUCAUUUAGCUUUGGUAUUGCGAAGGUGAUAUUUAUGGAUGGAAAUUUGGAAGAAUUGUUCGUUCAAUUGUUUUUAAGUGGAUUUGUGUUGGUGAAUUGUUUGCCUAUUUAUGAAGCUAUGGUGUUGAGAAAAGAUGGAGGAAGAAUGCCUACAAAAGUAACUUUAAUAUCGCUUGUGAUUACAUUGCUUCUUUGUUACGGGGCCGGAUUUGCUAUGAAAUGACGGGUUUCGCGCUACUCUUGGAAUGAGAGUUUUGAAGUUCAUGAGAUGAUAUUUGUUAUUGAUUGGUGUUUAAAUAAUUUCUCACGAUAGAUUGACAAUGUGUUACAUGUUGGAUGCAAUAAUCGAAAGCAAUGAAAAAUCAAAUAAA